UCCGGGGCGCUGUUCCGGCGGCAGGAGCACGUGCGGAGGUCCCUGCCGGAGCUGGCGCAGCACAAGUCCGACAUGCAGAACUGGGAGGAGCAGAGCCAAGGAGCCAUCUACACGGUGGAGUACGCGUGCAGUGCCAUAAAGAACAUGACUGACAGCAGCGUGUAUUUCAAGAGCAUCGACAGCCUGCUCAAGCACGCCAUCGCCAUGAAGGAGCAGCUCAACUCCGCGCAGGGCCGCAGCUCUGUUGCCCAACAAGCCAAGAAUCCUCCAGCCACUUCCUGAUUUUGGACAAGACUGGACCCCUCUGCCUUG